UGAACGGACGAGAUGCAAAGUUGGGUGAUUGUGGGCCGCAAGCUUUGCCUCCCUGGCCCAGCCCAACAUCUCUUUAAAGGUCACCGUGGUCUAUAUAUAACUCGCUUUGUCAGAGAGCUUGGGAGAGAGAGAGAGGGACCGGCGGAGAGAAUGGAGGAUGAUGACUGGGGGUUGAGCGCCGAGCAGCUUGAUUUCUUGGAAGAAGAUGCAAUCAGGAAGAUCUCCGAGAAGAAGGCAUCCAUCAUCAAUCCAGUUAAAUGUAGCAAGUCAGAUGGAGUUCCUUCAACCGGUGUUAGUUCAUCGGAUACAUUAAAAGGAGCUGAGAGCAAAAACACAUCGGAUCUGGCAAAACUUUCUGUCAGACUUUAUCUUCAUCAUACUGGUGUUAUUGCAGCAAAGUUCUCAUACAACACGUUACUGGUAGAUGCUAUUCGGAAGGUCCCGAGAGCUAGUUGGCUGGGUAAAGAAAGGUUAUGGGUGUUUCCAAUUUCUUCUUUAACAGCAGCUAAAGAAGUUUUUAGUCGAAUACCUCAUGCAGUUGUUGAGGUACAUGGACUAGACCCUUUAGUUCACCGUGCUGUUAUUGCCGCUAGUGCUGUUCCUGACCUUCAAGGUCUAUAUGAUACAAUGCCAAGCUAUCUUGAGUCAAAGCUUCUUCCAUUUCAGAAGGAUGGAGUAAGGUUUAUGUUGCAGCAUGGUGGAAGGGCACUUUUAGCAGAUGAGAUGGGUCUUGGGAAGACAUUACAGGCAAUUGCUUUCACUGCUUGUAUUCGUGAUUCCUGGCCGGUUCUUAUUCUCACUCCUUCCUCCUUGCGUCUGCAUUGGGCUUCUAUGGUUCAGCAAUGGCUUAACAUACCUGCAGCAGAUAUACUGGUUGUUUUGUCUCAAUAUGGAGGAUCAAACAAGGCAGGAUUCUAUACAGUGUACUUAAACAAAACAGGAACAACUAAUUUAGAUGGUGUAUUCAACAUACUUUCUUAUGAUGCAGUUCCUAAGUUACAAAAUAUACUUUUAUCUUCAGAGUUUAAGAUUGUGAUUGCAGAUGAAUCACAUUUCCUGAAGAAUGCUCAAGCUAAAAGAACAAGUGCAUCUGUGCCAAUUUUGCAGCGAGCUCGAUAUACAAUUUUGUUGAGUGGAACUCCUGCCUUAUCCCGUCCUAUCGAAUUAUUCAAACAGCUAGCAGCAUUGUAUCCUGAUGUGUACAAGAAUGUUCAUGAGUAUGGAAAUCGAUAUUGCAAAGGUGGUGUCUUUGGAUUGUAUCAAGGGGCAAGCAACCAUGAAGAGCUUCAUAAUCUAAUGAAAGCCACUGUAAUGAUACGCAGGCUUAAGAAAGAUGUCCUAUCAGAGCUUCCUGUAAAACGUAGGCAGCAGGUCUUCCUAGACUUGGAUGAGAAGGACAUCAAACAAAUCCGGUUUCUUCUUCGUGAGUUGGAGGUAAUAAAGAGCAAGAUCCAAGCUAGCCAAUCAAGUGAAGAAGUUGAGUCUCUGAAAAUUUCUCAGAGAACUCUUAUUAACAAGAUAUAUAAUGACUCAGCACAUGCCAAAAUUCCAGCUGUUCAUGAUUACUUGGGUACUGUCAUUGAGGCAGGUUGCAAGUUUUUAAUAUUUGCUCAUCAUCAGCCCAUGAUUGACUCAAUACACCAAUUCCUUAUUAAAAAGAAAGUUGCCUGCAUUAGAAUUGAUGGCAGGACACCAUCUUCAUUAAGGCAAGCUUUAGUAACUGACUUCCAGGAGAAGGAUAGCAUCAGAGCAGCAGUGCUUUCUAUUAAAGCAGCUGGUGUAGGAUUAACACUGACUGCAGCAACUACUGUCAUAUUUGCUGAGUUGUCAUGGACUCCUGGUGACAUCAUUCAAGCAGAAGAUCGUGCUCAUCGAAUUGGUCAGGUUUCAUCAGUGAAUAUAUACUACCUUCUGGCUAAUGAUACAGUUGACGACAUUAUCUGGGAUGUUGUUCAGAGCAAGCUGGAAAAUUUGGGCCAGUUUCUGGACGGUGAGGAAAACACGUUGGAGGUAUCCAAAAGUGAAACCAGCAGCAGCCCUGCAAAGCAAGGAACACUGGACACAUACCUAAAACGUUGCCGAGGUGGAGCUGAUACUUUUCCUGAAGCUAAAAAACCUAAAUAAGUCAUUCAUAUCUUCUUUUUUGUUGUCCCUCCCCAAACCUAGUUUCAUGUUUGCUCUUCAUCAUUUCAGCCUAGAUCUAACCCAUACAAUCUUGUAACACUACAGCUGAUCAGCUGAUCAAUCUGUUAUUGAAUCACGGCAGUUUGUAUAUAUAUAUAUAUAUUUUUGUAAUACUAGAAACUGACCAAUGAGUUACCAAAUGGCCUGUAAUGUUAUUGUUAUUUAUAUAAACAAGGAUAACUACCGGAAGACGGUGCGGUGGAACUUA